CUCUAUUUCGUUCGGCUUCGUCGCAUGAGUGUUGAGAUUUGCACGAGUUAUUCUUCGUCGUCGCUGUUCGACCGCUCCUUCGACGACGUUCCCUUCCUGUUGGAUCGGAAGUAACGACAUAUUUUGAUCGGAAGCAACAACGGGAGCUCGCUUGCUGUGAAGGUGAUAAUAUGCUGAAAAUUAAAACUCCGAAGACAUUGAAAGCGAAACGAGCACUUGACAAGCGUGCCCCUAAACUAGUAGAGAAUGCCAAGAAGACUCUGAUACUCCAUGGUACAAAGACAAGCUGUGUCUUGAAUGCUGUGUUAGCUCAGAUUUUUCAUUUGAAAAAGGGUCUUGCUGUGAAGUUUAGUAGGAAGAAUGAGAACAUAAGGCCCUUUGAAAGCAGUGGAGAAACAUCUUUGGAAUUCUUUUCACUCAAAACUGACUGCAGUUUUUUUGUGUUUGGUUCACAUUCAAAAAAACGGCCCAACAAUCUAAUUCUUGGGCGGAUGUAUGAUCAUCACAUUUAUGAUCUUGUUGAAGUUGGAGUGGAGAACUUCACGCCUAUUGAAUCAUUCAAAUAUGACAAGAAGAUAGCACCACGGCAAGGUUCAAAGCCCUUCUUUGCUUUUAUAGGAGAAAACUUUGAGAGUGUUGAUGAACUGAAGCAUCUGAAGGAGGUCUUACUUGAUCAUUUCAGGGGAGAGAUUGUGGAAAAUCUAAACCUUACUGGAGUAGAUAGGGUAUUUGUGUGCACGGCCAUUUCAUCUACUACAGUAUCAUUCAAACACUGUGCUAUCCGACUUAAAAAGUCCGGCACAUCCAUUCCUAGAAUAGAGCUCAUUGAAGUUGGCCCUUCCAUGGAUCUGGUUGUUCGGCGACAUCGUCUUCCAAAUGAAGCUGUAAAGAAACAAGCAAUGAAGGCUGCACCCAUGCAGCCAAGGAAGAUAAAAAAUGUCAGCCGGGAUGAAGUAAAGGGAAAAAUAGGGAAAAUCUACAUGCCUGAUCAACAGGUUGGAGGUCUUGCGCUAUCUAAUAAUAUAAAAGGCUUGAAGAGGGAACGUCGUGAGGGUAAGAUGAAAGAUAAGAGAGAUGAUCAUGAUCUAUCAAAGAAGAUGAGGACUGAAGAAUCUCUGUGAUUACGCUCUUCUUUCACGCCAUAAACAUUUGGUAAAGCUGCCCAGCAAUGUGUUCAGCACUAUAUUAUUGCCUUAUUUCAGAGCGUUCAAAUUUUGUUAAUCACAAAAUUUUGGAAAGGAAUUUUGAAUUUUUGACCGUUUGCUUUCUAAUUGUAUUGCUGGAAAUUAGAACAUUUAUGAAAAUGUUUUUUUAGGUAUUUGGUUUAUAAAAAGCAAAUUGCUGGAAUAGUUUAUUAA